UCAGGUCUUUUGGAGAGUGCAAGUCCAUAUUCAUCCGGUAAUGAUGGGGUUUACACUUUCGAGUUUUCCAGGCCCCUGCGCACAUUAGAUCGUCUUAACCAGGAUGUCCAAUUUGUUAUAGGAGAGUCAUACAAGUUUUCGGCAGCAUUUUGGUACCCUGUAAAUGGGAAUCCUUGGACUGGAAGUGGUCAUUAUUCCGUGAACUGUGAUUGGGUAACCUUGGAGAUCAUUCAAGCAGAAAAGGAAUUGCAUGUACCCUCCUCAACACUCUCCUCAAGCGGGGAUUUCAAUCCACUGAAUGUUUUUUCAUUCGUUUUAUCACUUGCAGCUUUUGGCAUCUCCCUUUUUAUUGCUUGGUCAAUUAAGAAAGGAAAAACUGUGGCAUUUACACCAAUAGACCACCUUUAGGAGCAUCGAAGUCAGUGCCAAUGAUAAGGAUUAGUUUUCCAUUUCACAAGUCUUGUAAAUUCAUUCUUGAGGUUUCUCACUGUAAGGGUUCAGUCUGCUCCACAUUGAGUUUAAAAGAUUUUUUCAUACAGAUUUUGUAGAGUGUCUGAUGAUUGAUGGAUAUUCGUCUUCACUAAUGUUUCUGAAGCAGUCCAUGUGUCCAUAGAGAUUGACCAUCUCCCAUGAUAGGAUAAAAUCACAAUUAAUGUGAUUAUUUGUAUGCAUAUCCUUAAUUUUAUUAACUGGUACAGUGAAACAAAACGAGUUUGAUAAUGAAGAUUGCAUUUCAGUGUUCA